AUGAAGCAUCCACUUCUCAAUCCAUUUGUUUGGCCGCUUGUGCUGCAGCCGAGCCUCUCACUCGCUUACUGGCGCCAGGCCUGCAGUGUUUCUCAAACCGCUCGGAUAGACCUCAUACUCAAUCCUGGCAACGUCUCGGGACACGUACACAAGUUUGCGGGGGGCAGCAAUGUCAACGAGAACUCCGACUUCAACUCCUUACAGUCCUCGAAUUGCUCCUCGUGCGAAGUCCAAGCCGACAAAUCAGCAUACUGGACCCCUCAACUAUACUACGCUCACACCAAUGGUACUUUCGAAGAAGUCCCCAACUAUGGCAUGACGGUGUACUACGUCGCAGGGCGAGGAGGGAACUCUUCGAAUACAGUACCAUUCCCACCCGGGUUCAAGAUGCUCACCGGCGACAGCCUGCUCAGAUCCUACGACAAUACCACCUUGACAUAUCUGGACACGAGGCCGGUGGCUGACAGGGUAAGUUUCCGCUGCAUAAAUGACGCUAACGAUAUCCCAGAAGAACACUACAUGUUCCGUACCGAUUGCACGAACGGAAUGCGGGCGCAGGUGAACUUCCAGUCUUGUUGGGACGGAGUCAACCUUUAUCUCGAGGACAAUGCGCAUGUUGCUUACCUAUCAGGAAUCGACUAUGGCGAAUGUCCGCCCACUCAUCCCGUUCCCAUUCCCGGCCUAUUCUUCGAGGUGCUUUACUGGACCAACUCGGUUAACCAAACUGCUGGCGGUCAAUUUGUCUUCUCGAACGGCGAUACCACCGGCUACGGCUUCCACGGUGACUUCCUCAACGGCUGGGACAUGGAUGUACAGACAAGUGCGGUUCAAGAUUGCCUUUACACUGAUGAUGGCGGAGUUGUUGAUGCCUGUUCAUCCUUGUCUCGAAGCGACAACAUCAACUUCCCACGAGACUGCGUGGAGCAGGCAUCGGUCUUCGAUGAGAGUGUCCACGGUCUGCUCACUGCGCUCCCUGGAUGCAAUCCAAUCACGAGUGGCCCUGAUCCAGCUCCUCAAGUUAUCUGUGGGUUCGACUCUGAGGUCCUCGCCGUUUUGGAACCGACCUCAUCGCUCACCGCCGCGGCAACUUCGAGUACUUCCACCUCAUCGACCGACACUUUGGCCUUACAAAGCGACCUCUUGACCUCGAGCACUUCGACGACCGAGUCAAUUGCAGUUGUCACCGUCACUGUUUUCGACCAAGUUUCGGCUGCAACCAAUGUCGAUGCGCCCACAGCCACGGACCUGUCCAGCGUCGACACUACAAUGGCUUCUGAACUCGCGGGCACUAUCAUCACUGAGUGGAUUACCGUGACCGUGACAUCACCAGGCAACGUUCUGACAAGUGCUGUUGGCCUAGUUUCAACAACCACGGUCUCAUCAUUGGGCCAAGAAACACUCAACCAGGACACAACAUCCACCACUAUUACCGUCGCCUCCCUCGACAGCUCCACCACCAGCGACGCAUCUGUGACUCCAGCUGCACUGGAUGCAAGUGCUUCGUUCAUCUGCUCACUGUACUCGGACUUCACGAUCGAGGGAUGCCCGCCUCCGACCUCUAUCGCGUCAUCGCCAACGGCCGCUGUUCAAACUGCCCUUGUGACAGUAACACAACUAGAUGAGACGGCCACCGAUUCAUCGACUGAGACAACCUCGACUGAGUCCUCGUCGACGGGCACGGAGCUAGCUAACUCCGCUGCCGCUUCAUCGACUGAGUCGUCAUCGACGGCAACGGAGCUAGCUAACUCGGCUGCCGCGUCGUCGACUGCAUCAACAUCGUCAACAGCCACGGAGCUGGCUAAUUCGGCCGCUGCUUCGUCAACUGAGUCAACAUCGUCAACAGCCACGGAGCUGGCUAACUCGGCCGCUGCUUCGUCAACUGAGUCAACAUCGUCAACAGCCACGGAGCUGGCUAAUUCGGCCGCUGCUUCGUCAACUGAUUCAACAUCGUCAACAGCCACGGAGCUGGCUAACUCGGCCGCUGCUUCGUCAACUGAAUCAACAUCGUCGACAGCAACGGAGCUAGCUAACUCGGCUGCCGCGUCGUCGACUGAUUCAACAUCGUCGACGGCCACGGAGCUGGCCAACUCGGCCGCUGCUUCGUCCACUGGAACAACAUUGACUGGACGCCUUGCUGCAGCCAGCUGCACCUCUCGCCAACGCCCAAAAUUUGUCUGGAUCUCGGAUGCGCUGCUAACCGACACGUUCAAUCGCUUCUGGCACCAUAAGCGCUAUGGCAGCAGUGUGCCAGGCCCGUUGGAGGCACAGAGACGGGCUGCUAAGAGGAAGAAUACCAGUUUGGCCUAUGCCAGUUCUGGAGGCAUCGCAAUCGACCCAGCCGUCGUGCUUGCGAGCUCUGCCAACAAGCUAGCAUGGUGGGGAGAGCCUAAGGACGCUGGAGCUGCAUCAGCUAGAUCAUCGCGCCUCCUGCCAACAUGGCUGUUCCCAUUCCCUGCCUCGACAAAGGCUACCGAGCCGAACCCUGCCCGACUUGAAGUCGAAUCAUGGAUGUCCAACCCGCGAGCAAUGUCCGACCAACAAGCCCAAGGGCUGUCCAAUUGUCAAACACUCUCUGAGAUCAAGACAUGGCUCCGGAACGAACAGCUCAGUCUCACUGCCGAUGCCCAUGUGGGAUCCGCAAUACUCACCCAUAUCGUGGAAAAGAACUCGGUGGACCUUGAUGUGCACACAAUUGCCGCCUAUAUCACUGACCCGGCAUUUCAUCCUCCCGGUUCAUCCUUCAUUCUGGACUUGGUGCGUGCCAUAGUGCCUCGUCCUUGGGACCACACCGCUUGGUCCAUCUUUCGGCGGUCGAUUUGCUCCGCCACUGAACUCGGGCUCAUCAGCCUUGAUGAUGCAAGGCAAAUAAUCGACGAGGUGCUAGCCACGACUUCACUACAACUGACUGAUGUUCCCUGGAAAAACCAGAGGAAGAGAGCCAAAUUGUACCUUGUAUGUGGAAUCCUAGAGGCUAUGGAUCGCUCAGCGGUCCUAGAAGUUACGGAUUUGGGAGCGUCAAUGCUAUCCAAACUCUUUUCAAGGUUUAAAGCCCAAGCUCGCCUGAAGUGGUGCAAGAAAAUGGCGUGGCGCCUUUUGCCUUGGAGCUCCAGGAAGGAUGUCCCGUUCAUCGGUCUACUUAUCCAUGAGCAACUCCAGUUUCAGCGUGGUCAACGAGCUUCUGGCGUGAGACAUGGGCAGGAACUUGCAGCCAGGCUUAUUCAGGCUAACCCGGAGACUCUGCAGCUGCUGCUGGCGCAUACCACUGAAACCCUGCUCAAAUUCACGAAGAAAACAGAAACAAUGCUGUACAGGUUUAUGUGGCAUCAUUGGUACGGUACCUUGGCUGUCUUGGGAUCACGAAAUCAACAUGGGUCGCUGAGCAAAGACACUUGGGACUCCCUUCAAUCUGUUAAAAGCACUCUAUCGCCAGAUCAGCGCUCGUUGGCAUUUGCAUGGACUGCCAUGGCCCUCUGCCAUGAUAUGAGAACCUCACCUGAUUUAUCAAAUCGGCUCGGGUUUCUCAGCUUCUUUGAAGGGCUGAUCGCCUCGAUAUCAAGUCCUCGAAUGGAUUCGUCCCGUCUUGCUGUUGUCGAAUUCAGCAAUCUAGCUCUGCCCUUCCGGGACCUCCUUCUGCGACAUCUGACCCAACUUUCUGACUUCUGCGAGGAUUCCUUCUUUGGCAGGGACUCACAACCGUUACCCACCAUCGAUUCGACCCGUAGACAGGACAUCACCACCAGCAUUGUUGACAGACGUAUCCAGAACGCGCACUUUGCCCAGGGUGAAGCCCUGUCGGAGAUUCUGAACAGUGCGAGCCAUGGCUUCCACGCGUUCAAAGUCUUGGCGCGGAGAAUGGUCCGCAAAAGCACCAUGUCAUUUGGCAUCGUAUGCCAUCUUCUGGAGAGAAACGCAAUGGUCAAGAAAGUCUUGGAAAUGCCCCAGUACUCCUUGCCAUCACUAUACGGGACGGGGGGCGUGAGAAACGGGGAACCGAUUGACCUCGGCGCUUCGACCGUUCUUGAAAGGACGACGUCUCGUUCAGAACCUCCCGCCACCGCAUCCAGCCCUCCCACCAGAGAACAUAUAGUCGACUUAUUCCAUGAUCUUGCAAUAUCCUUCGCGACCAGCCCAGUCGCUACCCCGCGAGCCGCAUUCCGCAGAGUCUACUGGUGCUACCUCUUUCUCUGCCAACACGGCGUGCCAAUACAACCCCCAAUCACAAGAGCGUUAUGGCAUGCGGGUGUGACGCGCUACGGCGAGCAAGGCACGCCAGCCGCGCUCCUGAAUUGGAUCCUGAGUCGAGUCAGCAUGGUGGAGGGCGGAGACGUCGCCAGGCGAUUGUUCUGGAGCGAAACCUUCCGACGAUCAAGAAUAGAGCAGAUCGAGGCAAUAACUCGACCCCACGAACAAGACGAACAAGCAAUGCUUGCUUCGUUGUGUGGGGAUGACGCCGAGAUGCCGUCGAAAAAAGAACACGAGACGAACGGCCCAACCAUAACGACCGGCUCCGAAGCUGACUGCUCUUCUUCUUCUUCUUCUGAUGCUGGUGCUGGUGCUGCUGUUUCUGCACGAGCGGGCCUCGGCCCCUUUUCGGAGUCGAUGAUCGCCUCUCAGCUCACAGGCGACGAAGAAGUCGACCGCGAAACAAAGGCCAAGAUCAAGUUCCUCCAGUCUCUACCGCCGGAAAGACCGUUCUGGUCACCCCGCGAAGAGACCCGCGGAGGUUGGAGAGGCCGAGAUGCAGAGGCGGCGGUGCCGCACUCGGCGCGGCAAGGGCAUAAGGAGAAGAUGAAUGACAGGAACAGUGGCGAGUUCAGGUCCGAGUCCCAGGUCAAGACCAAUGUCAAGACCAGGCGUCGAGUCUCUGCGAAAGCGAGGGCUAGAAAGCCAGGCGAGGUAUCGAUCUGGUAUUAUAAACUCCCCAGCCUCGAGUCCAAGCCAGGCGAAGUAGCGAUCCGGUAUUAUAAACUCUAG